AGAAGUGUCAAUUGAUCAAGCACAACAUUAACGGCAGCUGCUGGUAUUUAGCGAGAAAAAAAAUAAACUAAAAACUAAAGAAAAAUUAUAAACAAAUCCUGUAUACAAAGAAUGCAAUCAAGCAAGAUAUUACUAAACUAAUGAAUGAAUAACAAAAAGUAACUCAAAAAUUUAAACUGCUUCAUAGAACCGUGGCUUUUAAGAAACCGUUAAAUGACAAACAUUAGAAAACAUAAAACACCAUAUUACCACAUUAUUACAUUCUUAAAAAAGUAAUAAACUAAAAACAACCAAAAGUAAUUAAACAAAAUUUGCCAAACCAGUAACCAUAAACAACAAAAAAAAAAUGCCUAAAUUCUGUUUAAUAUUCCUCAUACUGUCUAGUACCUUUCUAACACUAGCCACAGCACAAACCGUAAUCGUUACCGAGCUACCACAACCGUUAGUAUCGGCUUCCGAAGCUACUCUGCUCACCACCCCACCUCUGCUAGAGGAAUCUUUAAAAAAAUACAAACUUAAUGAAGAACUUAAUGAAUUCAAUGAAAUCCCUUUAGAGGAGGCGGAAAUCUCGAAUAUUUCAAAAACGGAACAAAAUAAAAUGACCAAAUCACGUUUUAAAAUUGCCAAAGUUUUUACCAACUGUACAAGGGAAUUGUUUGAAAUGCGCGUGGAACUUAAUCGACCAUUUCAUGGUCUCUUGUAUGCCAAAGAUUUUCCCCACGAGUGUAGGGCACGUGGUACUUCGGAAAUGAAUAUUAGCUUGCGUUUGCCCACGUCGGGCUGUGGUGUUAGAGUAGAGCCUAGACAUGAUGGUUCUAUGGAAUUAUCGGUGCGCAUAAUGAUGCAAAUGGAGGAGAAACUUAGGCAAAGUUCGGAUAUUUUGAAGACGGUCAAAUGUAAAUUGCCGGUUACGGCCAUGGGCAUGUUGCUGGCGGGAGUGGAGGGGAAAAGUAAAAAUGGUGGUUUGAGACAUGGCCGCAUGCAAAGUGCAAAUCUUUAUUUGGCUAAAUCAGCACAAAACAAACAACAAUUAAAUGCUGCUGAUAUGGCCACAACACAUUUGCCACCCUCAUCAUCAUCAUCAUCAUCACAGUCGGCCACACAGCAUUUUACUAAUGCACACUCAUCACAAACGCCUCGCGUGCGCAUUUGGCUUGAAUUGGGCGGCCCUGAUGGUUCCGGUUCAGUUGUUGUAGGUCAAGCCACAACACUGACCGUACGUGCUAUUGUUCCUGGUACUAUGGGUGUGCGUAUCGUGGAUUGUGCUGCCUUGGAUGGUUUAGGAGAGUCGACGCAACAGCUGUUAGAUGAACGGGGCUGUCCCAUUGAUGAACAGGUUAUGCCCGCCUUACAUACACGCUCUAAGCAUCUGGAAGAGGGUUGGUCUAAACACAACGAUGAUGAUUUGAUUGAAAAAACCUAUACAGCUACUUUUCCUGCCUUUAAGUUUCCCGAUCGUGAACGUUUACAUGUCAGUUGCGGUGUACAAUUAUGCAAAGGACAUUGUCCAAAUAUUAAUUGCCGCACCAGUGAGAAACUAGUGUUAAGCUCGGAUAAACACUUGGCACGCAUUGAGGUCUUUAAUUCCCUGGCAGUGACGGCGCCUCAAAUUGAAGUCGAUCGUUUACGUUACGAUCGGCGUCACAACAUGUCAGUGGACGAAUAUCCGCCUUAUGUUCGCCCCUUAAUUAACGAUGGCACUCUGUGCUUAUCUGUCUCCAAAUUGGCCUUGUCAUUUUGUAUAUUGGGCUUGAUCUUUCUGGUGGCGGUAAUUGUAGCCGUCACAUCAUUAAUAAGAUCUCGACGAAGAACUACGGUGCAUAGUUGUGGCACCAUAUCGAGUAAUAGUGCUCGUUUGCAUCGAACGGAUGUGUGCAAUUCUAUGUUUUCUUCCAGCAGUGAAUCGGCCCAGUCGGCAGCCCGUUUUGGCAGUAAAUUCUUUAUGCCCUAUUAUCCCAAUACUUUACCCUAUGGUAGGGUUUAUUAAUUUUAGCUAUAUUUAAGUAUUUUAAAAAACGAUUAUGAUUUCCCUAAGAAUUUUAAGUCGGGGGUUAUAUUCUGCUAAAGAUUUAACAAAUUUUUGUUUUGCCAAAAUCAAAUAGUUCCGGGAAAUGUUAAAUUAUU